AUGCCAGACAAGGUGGAGAAUAUUUUAAUGCUCAUAGUAGCUGGAGAGUUUUCAGUGGGGAUCUUAGGGAAUGUAUUCAUUGGGUUGAUAAACUGCAAGGACUGGGUCAAGAGCAGGAAGAUUGCCUUCAUCGAUUUAAUCCUCACAAGUCUUGCCGUCUCCAGAAUUUGUCUAUUGUGUAUCAUACUAUUGGAUUGUUUUAUACUGGUGCUGUAUCCAGAUGUCUAUAGUUCAGGUAAACAGAUGAGACUCAUUGACUUCUUCUGGAUGCUCACCAACCAUUUCAGUGUCUGGUUGGCUUCCUGCCUCAGCAUUUUCUAUUUCUUCAAGAUAGCUAAUUUCUUCCACCCUCUUUUCCUCUGGAUGAAGUGGAGAAUUGACAGAGCAAUUCUCAGGAUUCUACCAGGGUGCUUGGUACUCUCUGUGUUUGUUACCCUUCCAGUCACUGAGAAUUUGAAUGAUGAUUUCAGGCACUGUGUCAAGUCAAAGGGGAAAUCAAACUUAACUUGGAGGUGCAGAGUAAAUAAACUUCAAUAUGCUUCCACCAAGGCAUUUCUCAACCUCUUCACGCUGCUGCCUUUUUCCAUGUCCUUGAUCUCAUUUGUCCUCUUGAUUGUCUCCCUGUGGAGACACACCAGGCAGAUGCAGCUCAAUGCCACAGGGUGCAGAGACGUCAGCACAGAAGCCCACGUGAGAGCUAUGAAAGCGGUCAUCUCCUUUCUCCUCCUCUCCAUCUACUAUUUGGCCUUUCUCGUAGCCACCUCUAGCUACUUCAUGCCAGAGACUGAGAUAGCUGUGAUUGUCAGUGAGUCGAUAGCUCUAAUCUACCCAUCAAGCCACUCAUUUAUUCUCAUACUCGGGAACAAUAAAUUAAGACAAGCAUCUCUAAGGUUGCUUUGGAAAGUAAAGUAUAUUCUAAAGGGAAGAAUAUGCUUAUCAAAUAAACUGGUCUGA